AUGUUUGAUUCAGAUUGUUUGCUGUCAAUUUUCAAGUUUCUAGAUUUCUCUCAUGUUCCGAAAAUUAGUCUCGUUUGCACUCAUUGGAAUGAAAUUGCUAGGAGCAAUGCUUUGUGGGAAUGGUAUUUUCACCUGUUGAGUAAUAAUAAGAAAGGAAAAACAAGUAUUGAAACCACUGUGUUGGAAAAGGAUGAUUUAUUUUGGAGAAAUAUGAUCCGAGAUCAUUUCUCAAAGUACAGAUUGAGAACGACUCACAAGAUCAAUAGCCUUGGUUUCUUUGAUUUUAGUAAUCAAAUGCAUUUUAUGAAACAAUCAAUGGUUCAUCCGUUUUUGAAUCAAUUUGCAAAAUUUCUAUUUGGCAGAAUUCGAGUGGAGAAUAUUUAUUGUACUGACAAUAAUGGAACACUGCAAACCUAUUCCAAAGAUAAUGAUAUUAUUCAUCUUGAGGAUCGAAUUUUUGACAUUCUUCAGGUAAAAAUCAAAAUGAAGAUUAGUGGACUCGAUGAAUGUAUUAUUGCUCGAACAAAAUAUCCCUAUGAUGCCGGUUUUGGAUUAUUCGGACAUCCUUACACUCCUGGAGCGUUUAUUUAUAUUUCUACUGAAACUCAUGAUUUCAUGAACGAAAAAUUGCAAAAACCACCUUCGGAAAACAUUCGUCAUAUUCCACUUUCUGACUUGAACGUUUUACAAAAUUGCUUUCUUUAUGUUUUUCAUGGAAGAAAUGUGUCACCAACACUGAUAGGAGAGCAGUAUCUCGAAGACACUGUGUUAUCGAAAUGUGUUCCAACAUUAACUCAAUUUAAUCUAUGCCCGAGAUCUGUGAUUCCCCUUUUUUGUUAUAUUGUGUCAUGUGUGUGUGGAAUAAUAGAUGGUUGUUCUUGCUAUCAAAAGAAAGAAUUUACACAUGGCUAUCCAUGUAUUUCGAACAAUAUAUUCAUGCAUUAUGAAAGGUAUGCGAGAUAUAGUGAACGUGUGCGAUCUCGAAUUCCAAUUAUGAGGAAUUAUAUUUUAUCAAAUCCACGCCAUAUAGAUGUCAAUGUUUGCAACACUAUUAAUCAAAUGAUUGCAGGUAAAAGAAGAAUAGUUACCAGUAAGCUUAAUCGCAAAGAAAGACUUGAAUAUUGGAAAUGUUUACAAGGGAAGGCAUUGACUUCAAAACAAAAACAGAUUUAUUUCCAAAAUUUAUUCGAGCAUGAUCAUGACACUACGUCAACCGUCGAUGAUGUUUCUGGAGAAGUAAUUGAGAAGGAAAUUCUCUCUUUCCAAAAAGCCCUUGAACUUCUCAACAAUCAACAGUAUAUUAUUGAUUGUUGUUUGAGAUACAAAUCAAGCAAAUUCAAGAGUGUAGAAGGCGAAUGA